UUUACAGAAAAGACAGAAAAAGUAGGGAUAGUCGUAAAAUAUUUGCGAAUUAUUUACCGAUGGCCUUAAUAUUUGAAUGAUAACUCAUUUGCAAACAGCGAAUGGACAGAUAUUUUUGUUACCCAAGUUUAAUCAAACAUAAAAAUGAGUUUGACAGAUUUCAAACCAAAAUGAAGUUUUUCAAUAUAAAUAUUUAUUUUAAACUGCUUUGUAAAAACUAAAUUGUGUACUUUUAAAAUAUGGCGAAUACAAUGUACAAAAUCAUGCACAACGGACGCAGAAUACCUUGUAUCGGAUUAGGCACUUGGAUGGCAACAAAGAAAGAAGAAUUAACAACAGCUUUAAAUACAGCCUUUGACUGCGGAUAUCGUCUUUUUGAUACUGCUUAUAUCUACCAAAACGAAUCAAUAAUUGGAAAUGCAAUAAAACACUGGCUCUCCUCUGGAAAAGUAAAACGGGAAGAUUUGUUUAUAACAACAAAAUUGCCAAUAUCAGGUCUUUGCACAGAUAGAGUAGAACUGUUCUUAAAAAAGUCUUUAAAUAAUCUACAACUUGAUUAUGUAGAUCUUUAUUUAAUACAUUUUCCAGUAGGUACUAAUAUGGGAAAAGCUGGUACCCCUCUUCAUAAACUCAAAUUAGAAAUGUCCGAUCAUAAAGAAGUUUGGAAAGAGAUGGAAAGACAAGUAAAAGAAAAUAGGACAAAAGCAAUAGGGAUGUGUAAUUUCACACAAAAACAAAUGGAGAAUAUAAUAAAAGCGAGCGAGAUUCAACCAGCAUGUCUACAGAUAGAAUCUCAUGUAUAUCUACAACAAAAUAGUUUAGUUGAUUAUUGUCAGCAAAAUAAUAUUACAGUGAUCGGAUUUUCUCCACUUGGAAACCCUGGUUAUAACAAUUUUUUGAAAACAAUUGGACAAAACGCAAGAGAUUUGCCAAACGGGCUCCAAAAUGAGGUGAUUAAACUUAUAGCCAAGAAACACAAAAAAACUCCAGGACAAAUAAUGAUACGCUAUCUGAUAGAGAGAAAUAUAAUUCCUAUUCCAAAAAGCGUUUCUCCACAGAGGAUUAAGGAAAAUAUUGAGAUUUUUGAUUUCGCUCUUGAUAAUGAUGACAUGAAGAAAAUAAAAGGACUAGAUAAGGAUGAAUCUGGCCGUAUCUUGAAGUUUGAUUUCUUUUCUGAAGAAGUAAGAGAUUCUCCCGAAUUUCCUUUUCCUAAGUGCCAGGAAGUAUCUGCUAACUAAGCUAGCCUCAAGUAUUAAUAAAUAGCAGUUUUAAAACAAACCUAUCAUCAAAUUGAUCUGUAAUGGUAGAUUAUAAAUUCUUCAUAAAAUUGUAUUUUAAAAUACACAUGUAAAUUUGGUACAUAAUUGAUUAGUAAUGGGCAUUAAAACAAUUAAAAUUA